UUUGUACUAAAAAAACAACCGAACAACACGUCAGUGAACGCAAGUUCUAGAAUUUUACUAAAAUACACAAAUAAAAAGUAAUUAGUCAGUUUUGUGCUUAAUAAUAUUGCAUAUAAUUAACUUUUGAUCGACUUGAAAGCAUUUACAUAUCGACAUAGUUCGUAAAACGUUCUGAUUUCGCAAUAUUCAGCGCAGGAAGUUGAUAACGAAGUAAUCAGUAGUUUUGUGCAGUAUUUAAGGUUUUACCAACAAAAUGGAUCAAAUUUACGAAGACGAGAUCCUGGCGGAGGAGGAGCCGAAGGCGUGGUUCAAUCCCAUUAGCUAUGUGCUGUCAUUCCUGGCGCAAUGGGGGUGGUUCCUGGUGCUGGGCGGCGCGGCGGUGGGCGUGGUGUCACACCGCGCGCUGCAGGUGUACCGGCGGCGGCUGCAGGCCAAGGAGGACGCCCAGCAUCAUAAAGACGACGGCGAGGACCCCCGCAUGGAGGCGCUGCGGCGCGCCCGCGAGCGGCAGCAGUCUCUCCUAGAGACACAGUCGCAGCGACAGAGGGAGAUAGACGAACAGCGUCAAGAACAGAAGCGUUUGGAGAAGCUGGAGCGGCUGAAGAAAUACGGCGCCGCGACGGAGGGCCGCCGGCUGGGCGCCGCGGACGAUGACGGCUACCUCCCGCUGAGCGGCGGCGCGUCCACGUCUUCCUACCGCCCGCCCAAGAAGUCCAAGUGUCCGGGCGGCGGCUGCGGACGGUAGACUACAUACAACUACACAUGACUACAUAUAACUAGAGCUGACUACAUCCUCGUACCGCCGGAGAAGUCCCGUUGGCGGCUGCGGACGAUACGGCUACAUCAACUACUGAC